CACAAUUUCCCUUUAGAUUAAUAUGGUGGCGUUUGGAGGCACAGCAUAUGGUUGCCUGCUUACAUAAAACCUUUCCUGCUCAUUCUCUGGCCAACCAUCUCUCUCUCUAGUGAUCUCUCUCUCUCUCUCUCUCUCUCUCUCUCUCAAAGCUGCUUAACAAACUUCUUCCAAACCACAUUACUCCAACACCACAAGCCUCGUUCGAGAACUCUUGCUUGCCGGCGACAUUGAAACAUUGCUCCUCCAUUUUAUCAUAACAAACUUACUGUUGGAUUGAUUGAUCGUAAUGGUGACGAUAGACGAGUAGCCGGAGGAGUUGGAGGUCUACGAGUUUUAAAGAGGCGGUGCAGGAUGUGUUCAGCCAGGGCGGGAGAAAUAAGUAGGAGGAGGAGGAGCUCUAGUGGGCAGUGAUGGAGAAGGUCCCAACUUACGAGCGGGUGAGGAAGGCGGUGCUAAGCGAAGAUGUCAUGAAGGUCGGAAUUCAAGAUAAGAAGCAGUCAAUGGAGAGCAUUCUAAAUAUUGUUGAAGAUGAUCAUGACAAGUUUCUUCAGAGACUCAAGGACAGGACUCAGAGGGUGGGAAUGGAGAUUCCAAAGAUUGAAGUCCGGUACGAACAUUUGUCAAUAGAGGGAGAUGUGUAUGUUGGGAGUAGAGCACUUCCUACUCUCUUUAAUUCUACCUGCAACACUAUUGAGAGUGUUCUUGGACUAAUUUGGCUUGCCCCUUCUAAGAAGAGAAAAAUCCAGAUACUUAAAGAUGUUAGCGGCAUCAUCAAACCAUCAAGGAUGACACUGCUUUUGGGUCCACCAGGCGCUGGGAAAACAACAUUGUUGCUGGCACUUGCAGGGAAGCUUGAUCAGGAUCUAAGGGUAUCUGGAAAAAUUACCUAUUGUGGUCAUGAGUUGAAUGAAUUUGUUCCUCAAAGGACCUGUGCUUAUGUCAGUCAACAUGAUCUUCACCAUGGAGAGAUGACAGUGAGGGAGACAUUGGAUUUCUCAGCACGCUGUUUGGGGGUCGGGAAAAGAUAUGAAAUGCUAGUUGAGCUCUCAAAACAAGAAAAAGAAGCGGGAAUUGAACCAGAUCCUGAGAUUGAUUUAUUUAUGAAGGCCACAGCAGUGUCUGGCCAAGAAACCAGUUUGCUUACAGAUUAUGUUAUCAAGAUACUCGGAUUGGAUAAUUGCAUGGAUAUUAUGGUUGGUGAUGACAUGAGAAGGGGUAUUUCUGGUGGACAAAAGAAGCGUUUGACCACUGGAGAGAUGUUGGUUGGACCAGCAAAAGCUCUUUUUAUGGAUGAGAUAUCAACCGGGUUGGACAGUUCUACCACUUUUCAGAUUGUCAAGUUCAUGAGACAAAUGGCACAUAUAAUGGAGAUGACCAUGAUCAUCUCUGUUCUGCAGCCAGACCCCGAGACCUAUGAUCUAUUCGAUGACAUUAUCUUACUUUCAGAAGGGCAAAUUGUCUAUCAUGGUCCACGCGAGGACAUCCUUGAGUUCUUUGAGUACAUGGGUUUCAAGUGCCCAGAAAGGAAAGGAAUAGCAGAUUUUCUCCAAGAAGUAACUUCUAAGAAGGAUCAAGAACAAUAUUGGUUAAAUAAAAACCAACCAUACACUUAUAUGUCAGUUCCUGAAUUUGCAGAGUCCUUCAAAUCAUUCCAUAUUGGCCAAAAGCUAGAAGCAGAUCUUAAUGUUCCUUACGAUAAAUCAAGAACUCACCCGGCUGCACUGGUGAGAAACAAGUAUGGAAUCUCCAAAUGGGAACUGUUUAAGGCGUGCUUCGACAGAGAGUGGCUGCUAAUGAAGCGCAACAGUUUUGUAUACAUAUUCAAGACUGUAGAGAUAAUAAUCAUUGCAUCGAUAGCCUUGAAUGUGUUCUUGAGGACAACAAUGCCAUCUGGCUCCUUGCAAGAUGGAGGAAAAUUUUUCGGAGCUCUUUUCUUCACUCUCAUGAAUGUAUUGUUUAACGGGCUGACAGAGGUUGCAUUGACUGUUUUGAGGCUUCCUGUAUUCUAUAAACAGAGGGAUUUCUUAUUCUAUCCUCCAUGGGCUUUUGGGUUGCCAAUUUGGGUCCUCAGUAUACCCCUCUCCUUAGUGGAAUCAGCGAUAUGGAUCAGUCUUACAUAUUACACAAUUGGGUUUGCUCCAGACACCAGCAGGUUUUUCCAGCAGUUAUUGGCAUUGUUCAGUAUACAUCAAAUGUCUCUCUCUCUCUUUCGCUUUGUUGCUGCAGUGGGAAGAAAGCUGGUUGUUGUAUGCACUUUAGGAACCUGCACAUUGAUAAUGAAUAUUCUGCUUGGUGGAUUUAUAGUUGCCCAAAAUGACAUUGAGCCAUUUAUGAUAUGGGGCUAUUAUAUUUCUCCAGUGAUGUAUGGACAAAAUGCUUUAGUCAUUAAUGAAUUUCUUGACAAAAGAUGGAGCGCCCCCAAUCCAGACCCACGAAUUCAUGCACCUACAGUUGGGAAAGUCCUUCUCAAGUCUAGAGGAUUCUUCACGGAUGACUACAUGUUUUGGGUUUGUGUUGGAGCGCUCUUGGGGUUUUCUCUUCUCUUCAACAUUUUAUUUAUUGCAGCAUUGACUUUUUUGAAUCCUCUUAGUGAUUCAAAAUCUAUAGUCUUGGAUGAAGAUGUUGGAAAGAAGAAUAAGAAAUCAUCUGGACGAAUGACCUCUGAAGGUUUUGAUAUGACGGUGAGAAAUGCUUCACGGGGUACUGACUCAAGUGUUGGUGUCACUGAUCAUGCACCUAGAAAAGGAAUGCUUUUUCCCUUCCAACCCCUUUCACUUGCUUUCAAUCAUAUCAACUACUAUGUGGAUAUGCCCACUGAAAUGAAAAGUCAGGGAAUUGGGGAGGAUCGUCUUCAACUGCUACGAGAUGUAAGUGGUGCUUUCAGACCAGGUAUAUUGACAGCUCUUGUGGGUGUUAGUGGUGCUGGAAAGACCACAUUGAUGGACGUAUUAGCAGGAAGGAAGACUAGUGGGUAUAUUGAAGGAAGUAUCAGUAUUUCAGGUUACCCAAAGAACCAAGCGACAUUUGCCCGGGUUAGCGGUUACUGUGAACAGAAUGAUAUUCACUCACCACAUGUUACUGUUUAUGAAUCUCUCCUAUAUUCAGCUUGGCUCCGUCUUUCUUCAGACGUGAACAUAAAAGCACGCAAGAUGUUUGUUAGAGAAGUGAUGGAGUUGGUUGAGCUUAAUCCAAUAAGGAAUUCUUUAGUUGGGCUUCCAGGAGUUAAUGGUCUUUCAACAGAACAAAGAAAAAGGCUAACAAUAGCUGUAGAAUUGGUUGCCAACCCGUCUAUAAUCUUCAUGGAUGAACCAACAUCUGGCCUUGAUGCUAGAGCUGCAGCCAUUGUUAUGCGAACUGUGAGAAAUACAGUGGAAACAGGGAGAACCGUAGUGUGCACAAUUCACCAACCAAGUAUAGACAUUUUUGAAGCCUUUGAUGAGUUACUUCUGAUGAAGAGAGGAGGCCAAGUCAUUUAUGCAGGACCUCUAGGUCGCCAGUCUGACAAGCUUGUAGAAUAUUUUAAGUCCAUCCCCGGGGUUCCCAAUAUUAGAGACGGUUACAAUCCCGCUACAUGGAUGUUGGAAAUUAGUGCUUCUUCAGUUGAGACUGAACUGAAUAUGAAUUUUGCCGAGAUAUAUGCCAACUCGUCCCUUUAUCAGAGAAAUCAAGAACUCAUUAAAGAACUCAGUACUCCUCCACCACGAUCCAAGGAUAUCUACUUCCCAGCCAAGUACUCCCAACCAUUCAUUACUCAGUGCAAAGCUUGUUUCUGGAAACAACACUGGUCUUACUGGAGGAACCCCCAAUAUAAUGGCAUUCGGUUCUUCAUGACAAUUGUAAUUGGGGCUUUAUUCGGUUCAGUUUUCUGGAACAAAGGACAGCAGACAACCAAACAACAAGAUCUGGAAAAUCUUGUGGGAGCUAUGUAUGCUGCUGUUCUCUUCCUUGCAGGCAGUAAUGCUAAUUCUGUGCUGCCUAUUGUUGCUAUUGAGAGAACAGUAUUUUACCGUGAAAAAGCAGCCGGGAUGUACUCAGCAUUGCCUUACGCAUUUGCUCAGGUGAGCAUAGAGAUGGUCUAUGUCACGAUUCAAACAUUGGUGUACAGUCUUCUCCUUUUCUCCAUGAUCGGGUUUGAGUGGAAAGUGGGAAAAGUCUUGUGGUUCUACUACUACAUGUUGAUGUGCUUCAUCUACUUCACAAUAUACGGCAUGAUGAUCGUUGCACUGACUCCAGGCUUCCAAAUUGCUGCCGUUGUGAUGUCCUUCUUCCUCAACUUCUGGAACUUAUUCUCUGGCUUCCUCAUUCCUAGACCACAAAUCCCGGUCUGGUGGAGGUGGUGUUACUGGGCUUCUCCGGUAUCUUGGACAAUCUAUGGACUUGUGACUUCUCAAGUAGGCGACAAAAGCGUUUCGCUGGAGAUACCUGGAGAGGGAAAUGUGCCAUUGAAGUUAUUCCUCAGUAGACACUUGGGUUUUGACCAUGACUUCCUACCAGUAGUUGCAGUGGCCCAUAUUGCUUGGGUUGUUCUCUUCUUCUCUGUCUUUGCUUAUGGCAUCAAGUUCCUCAACUUCCAAAGAAGAUAACAAGGUUUAGUCUUAUGUUACACGGACUCAGAUAUGAGUAUUGGGUGACCGGUACAUGUUCAAGCGUUCUAAAUCUAAGAUAUGAGUAUUGGGUGACCGGUACAUGUUCAAGCGUUCUAAAUCUAAAAUCUUAAAAUGUUGGGAUAUGCAUCUAAAAAUUGUGUGCAAGUAGGACACAUCUUAAAAUAGUUUGCAUAUUGUGUAGUUUUUAAGAUUGGAUAUAGUAAUUUAUUUAGAAAUGCACUUUAAAUUGAAAAGUAUUUAGGAACAA